UAUGAUGAACCACAUAAGAAUCUGUCCAAAGUGAUAGCACUGGUGGGUGCUUCCACAAGUACUGAGGCACGGACUGUAGCACCUCUCUUCAUGAUGAAUCUCAUUCCUAUGGUGAGUUAUGCUGCUACCAGUUCAAUCUUUUCAAGAAAACAGCAUUUUCCCUCAUUCCUACGAACAGUGCAUACCAAUAAAGAUGUCAUAGAAGCGAUUGUUAACAUUAUGCAACAUUUCAACUGGCGCUGGAUUGCUUUCCUUUACAUUGAUGGGGAUUACGGCAUUGACGGACUGCAACUGCUAAUAGAAAAGAUCAAGGACACUGAGAUCUGCCUUGCAUACACCAAAAGCCUGAAUCCAUUUUCAGAUCACUCUCAAAUAUUCAAACAAAUAGAAGCACAGAGGAUAGGUGUCAUCAUUGUUUUUGCUCCUGAAUUUACUGCUGAACCUCUCAUUGAGGCAGCAAUAAAACUAAAUGUCACCAACAAAGUGUGGAUUGCAGUGGAUGCAUGGUCCUUAAACAAGAAGCUCCCCAAGAAAAAAGGAAUCAGAAACAUUGGAACUGUAAUUGGGGUUGCUGACACACGAGUUAAAAUACCUGGUUUCACUGAUUUCAUUCAUUCUUCCAGAAGCCAAACUCAUU